UAAGGGAGUUGGGGAGAAGGUGAGGGUAUAAAGGAAAGGGUGGCGACCGUUUCGCGGUCAGUAGAACUCGCGCCCGUCCUUCCGCCCUCACACUACUCCCAACCCACUCGCAGGGAAGACGUCUUAAAGCCAAGGAAGGACGCACACAUUUAUCUGACAUCUAUGAAGGAAUGCAUGGUAACGAUUACCUUGCUUGGAAUGCUGGUGAUGCUAGCAGCAAGAAUGAGCUCUGCUCAUCCUAUUUAUGGGCUGACAUCCCUCCUGCAAGACGAUCCUUUUGCCUUGUCACCUGGCCAAGAGCAGCGUGGGUUUAAGAGAGGGUUCUGGGAUAAAAGGUCAUCAGAGGAGACUGAAGAUCUUUAUGGCUUUGGAGGAUACCCAGUACAACAACUCCAGUGGAACAAAAGGAAUUACCAAGAAAAGAGAGGAUUUGGGUCAAUGAUGCCAGCUUACCUUGUGCACUUGUACAGACCUGAUAUACCUGUACUGCCCCCAAAUUCCCUUUUCUCUCCUACCAGGCCAAGCUCCGAGAGGGGGAAAAGAAGCAACCAUCGCUAAAAGCAGUUGUACUUGCAAACGGCAAGAGAGCAGUACUAUUAAAACUAUGGUACGAGAUUUAUAAGGCUCAGCUUGCCAAGCAUGAAUCAAUUUGUUGCUAAACGUCUCAAUAAAAAUUGAUGUCACUGUUAAGUUCAUGUUAUAUUUAUUUAAAGUUCACCAUGCAUUUACCAAUGAUGUUCAUAAGAAAAAUAUAGCCUAAGAUGGUCACUUGGGUAAUGAUUAUUACAAAGUUUUACAGGAAAACAUUCUUUUAGCUUUACUGUUACUGAACUCCCCAGGUAUAGUACCAAGGUAAACUUUAAUGAAAAUGCAAAUAAACAAAUCAAAGACUAUGGAUACCUGGUACUUAUAUCCUUCUCUUUAUUCAAAAUGGUAAAGACUGGUUAUGCAUUGAGACAAAAUUAUAAGAGUUUGCAAGGCUGCUUUUCUCCAUACUGAUACAGAAGUUAAUUUUCUUAAGGGUUUAUGACCAAAGCCACAUUUUAGUCAAAGCCACAUUUUAAUCAAAAGCAAUUAAUCAAAUUAUGCUUGAGGUUUCCAAGAUGACAAAGAACAUCUGUCAAACACUUAAUUUAAUCAUUAAUAUCCAAAAUAACUCAGAACAACCAAGAAUAUGACACUUUAGCAGACAAAAUGUGUCAUUCAAGAAUUUUUCUCCUAGUUUUACAUCCAAAACAACAUACUAUUUAUGAUCAACUAACUGCAUGUAUAUUAUCAUUCAACAAAAGAGACUGUGUACCCGGGGUGCCUGCUAAUGUGAGCACUAAAGGCCUGAG